UUAGUUAUUGUUGUCUGCUUCACAGUGGCGUAAACAAGCGCCAGUUUUCAUUGAAUGGGAAAGCAUUUAUCGUUUAUUCGGUGUAUUCAAUUCAAAUAAUGGAAAAUACAAACCAAACGGACCAUUGACAGGUAUCUCUUUCGGAGAAACGCUAUAUAUAAACGGUAAGUAGUUGUUUUCUCCCCCAAUCACCAUCCCCAUCCUACCAACACCUCGCCGUGUUGAGAAUCCGAUUUCAUGUGCUCUGCGCGCGCUUCAUAUGAAAACAACUUGGCCAGCAAGAUAAUUCUGCUCUGAUCUCCUAUCCGGUUGGAUAAAGGAUCGUGUGUUUCAUUUUAUUUUCACUUAUCACAACAUUUAGCGAAUCCCAGUUUGUUAGAUACAUUUGCCGAAACUAAACACUAAUAUUUCAGUAAUCCAUGCCAUGGCCUCCUGUGAUAAGUAAACACUUAACCAAUUUAAUGUCAUCGGUCACAAUAGUGUUAAAAUAAACAUUUGUACUUUACAGACUCUAGAGAAGUUUAAGUUGUGCUUAUCAACAAAUAAGUAAUAUAUUAUUCAUUAUUAAGGUGUCUAGUAUGAUUCAGAGAAGUUUCAUAUGAUUUCUCAAAAUGGUCAAAAGACCAGUUCUUCCAACUCACGAGUUCUUGCUCUGAGGACACACACACACACACACACACACAUCAUCACUGAUAACACACACACACACACACAUCAUCACUGUUAAACACACACACACACACACACACAUCAUCACUGUUAAACACACACACACACACACACAAAAAUCCCCUCUCUUUAGGCUGAACAUUUGAAGACAGAGAACCCGACUCAGAGCCAAUGCAACAGUGGAGGGGACCUCGCCCAACUCAUCAGGACCAAUCAGAAGAUCAGAACUACUAGAUUCAACCUACAUCAUUUAUUGUAUAAAAUGUCAGCACACAAUGUUUUCGGGGCUCUCUUCAGAUAGCUCCCUAAGAGUUUGACGAACGAGUCCGUGCACGCGAUUCCAGAUAUCUUUACCUCUGAAUAAACUGCCUUUAUUAUACCAUAUCCACCCUGUCCAAAGUCUCUACUUGGUCUCAGUUCUCCAGUAAACUUGUGAUUAUCAACAGUACACAACGGUAACAAACAAUUGGGGGAACUCACGGGGCAGAUAGUAAGGUCGCAGUGACACAGAAAGCAGUUCAAUGUCGGGGCUCGGGGGUACAGAGUCGCUCUCUUACCAGGAUCGAUUUUCCCUGUGACUGUCAGAUCGAGGUCCGCUCCGACCAGGGUGAAGCCGGCCGGCUCCACUUCUCUGUCCGGGACUCUGUCAUCCAGCCAAGUCUCCCAGCUGUAUUGGAUUCCGCUGCCAGCAACGUUUUCAUUAUUUAGUCCGUUCGUAGCGGGUAUGUACACGAUCAACAAGAUCAGUCCAAAACCCACCACUGGAAAUCCAUGGUUGGCAGAAUGUUUGUAAACUAAGUGUACAAAUUAAAAACAUAAAAUAACGCCACUAAGUGUACAAAUUAAAAACAUAAAAUAACGCCACACUGCAGGUCGCAACAGAGACGCUGCUAGCCGCUAUUUGCUUAGUUACGUUCAUGGUUACGUCACGUAUGACGAAAGCGCGUAAGUGCAGUAAGUAUAAAUCUCCAAUGUGUACUUUUAUAGACGAAUUUUGCACCAGAAGUCUGUAUUCAACUGCUUAAAAAACAAAUACAUUAUUGACAUUUUUACAUGUUUUCUUUGUAAAUAUAAUGUUUAAAGGGUCUAGUUUACAUAUGUGCCUUCAUUUUCAAUACAUUGAAUCCAUGACCAAGAGUAUGUGGACGCCUGCAUGUCGAACAUCUCAUUCAAAAAUCAUGGCCAUUAAUAGUUGGUCCCCCCUUUGCUGCUAUAACAGCCUCCACUCUUCCGGGAAGGCUUUCCACUAGAUGUUGGAACAUUGCUGCGGGGACUUGCUUCCAUUCAGCCACAAGAGCAUUAGUGAGGUCGGGCACUGAUGUUGGGCGAUUAGGCCUGGCUCGCAGUAGGCGUUCCAAUUCAUUGAGUUUAGGGCUUUGUGCAGGCCAGUCAAUUUCUUCCACACCGAUCUCGACAAACCAUUUCAGUAUGGACCUUACUUUGUGCACGGGGGCAUUGUCAUGCUGAAACAGGAAAGGGCCUUCCAAACCGUUGCCACAAAGUUGGAUGGUCAGAAUUGUCUAGAAUGUCAUUGUAUGAUGUAGCGUUAAGAUUUCCCUUCACUGGAACUAAGGGGCCUAGCCCGAACCAUGAAAAACAGCCCAGACCAUUAUUCCUCCUCCACCAAACUUUACAGUUGGCACUAUGCAUUGGGGCAGGUAGCUUUGUCCUGGCAUCCGCCAAACCCAGAUUCAUCCGUCGGACUGCCAGAUGGUGAAGAUGAUUCAUCACUCUAAAGAACUCUAGAGUCCAAUAGCGGCGAGCUUUACACCACUCCAACCGAUGCUUGACAUUGUGCAUGGUGAUCUUAGACUUGUGUGCGGCAGCUCGGCCAUGGACACCCAUUUCAUGUAUCUCCCGACCAAAACAGUUAUUGUGCUGACGUUGCUUCCAGAGGCAGUUUGGAACUCGCCGGUACCGUUCUGUGAGCUUGUGUGGCCUACCACUUUGUGGCUGAGCCGUUGUUGCUCCUAGAUGUUUCCACUUCACAACAACAGCACUUACAGUUGACCGGGGCAGCUCUAGCAGGGCAGAAAUUUUACGAAAUGACUUGUUGGAAAGGUGGCACCCUAUGAUGGUGCCACGUUGAAAGUCACUGAGUUCUUCAGUACGGGCCAUUCUACUGCCAAUGUUUGUCUAUGGAGAUUGCAUGGCUGUGUGCUCGAUUUUAUACACCUCUCAGCAACGGGUGUGGCUGAAAUAGCCGAAUCUACUGAUUUGAAGGGGCGUCCACAUAUUUUUCUAUAUAUAGUGUAUAUGAAAAUAUCUUAGCAGUCACAUUUGCUGCAAUUUAUUAUAAAUAUUUAAUCAUAGCAGGUGUAUUUAUCUUUUCCGUGGAUUUAAGUUGAGUUGGGUUAUGGAUAUACAUUUUUAUACAUAUACUUGACCAAUAUGAUCUUACAAAUGAUUUUACCAUUAUCCAUUAGCCUUUACAUAUGUUUAAAUCAGUGAUUCUGACUAAAACUUAAUAUUUUGUUAUUUCACGGGAAUUGGCCAUGUAUAGACCCAUAAACUGAAUUUGACAUUUUAGUAAUUUAGCAGACGCUCUUAUCCAGAGCGACUUACAGUUAGUGAGUGCAUACAUUUUCAUACUGGCCCCCCGUGGGAAUCGAACCCACAACCCUGGCAUUGCAAACGCCAUGUUCUACCAACUGAGCUACAGGGGGCCUGUGAAUUAGUGUAGUACCUUAACAAAUAUUGAAUGUCAAUAGGUUUGUUUAGUGUCUCUUGCUCAAUGGUAGACCUGAUGUAUGUGAGUUUUGCUGAAUAGUCACAAGGGUAGACCUGGUUUAUCAGAGUGUUGGGACAUAACCACAGGUGUAAACCUGGUUCGUAUGGGUAUUUGAGCUGAAAUAUGCAGGUGUAGGUCUGGUUUAUAUUAGUAUUGCGACUCAGUCAAAGGUGUGGACCUGGUUUGUAAGAGUUCUGGAGCUGAGGUGCAGGGGUGGUUUACAGUUUAUGAGUAUUCAGGCUUCGGAGAAAUGCAGGAGUACACCUAUUUUUAUGACAAUUGGGGCUGAUGUAGCAGUAGAGCUGUUAAAAAAUAAUAAUCUAGAUUGGGUUAGACAUGCAGGUGUACGUACAGUGCAUUUGGAAAGUAUUUAGACCCCUUGCCUUAUUCUAAAAUGGAUUACAUUGGUUUUGUUUCUCAUCAAUGUACACACAAUACCCCAUAAUGACAAAGGAAAAACUGUUUUUUAUACAUUUUUGCAAAUUUAUAAAAAAAAAAAACGUAAAUAUUACAUUUACGUAAGUAUUCAGACCCUUUACUCAGUACUUUGUUGAAGCAUCUUUCCCUCCAUCCUGACUAGUCUCCCAGUCCCUGCCGCUGAAAAACAUCCCCACAGAAUGAUGCUGCCACCACCAUGCUUCACCGUAGGGAUGGUGGCAGGUUUCCUCCAGACGUGACACUUGGCAUUCAGGCCAAAGAGUUCAAUCUUGGUUUCAUCAGACCAGAGAAUGUUGUUUCUCAUGGUCUGAGAGUCCUUUAGGGUGCCUUUUGGCAAACUCCAAGCGGGCUGUCGUGCCUUUUACUGAGGAGUGGCUUCCGACUGGCCACUCUACCAUAAAGGCCUGAUUGGUGGAUUGCUGCCGAGAUGGUUGUCCUUCUGGAAAGUUCUCCCAUCUCCACAGAGUGAUCAUCAGGUUCUUGGUCAACUCCCUGACCAAGGCCAUUCGCCCCCGAUUGCUCAGUUUGGCCGGCCGGCCAGCUCUAGGAAGAGUCUUGGUGGUUACAAACUUCUUCCAUUUAAGAAUGAUGGAGGCCACUGUGUUCUUGGGGACCUUCAAGGCUGCAGAAAUGUUUUGGUACCCUUCCCCAGAUCUGUGCCUCAACUCAAUCCUGUCUCGGAGCUCUAUGGACAAUUCCUUCGACCUCAUGGCUUCGUUUUUGCUCUGACAUGCACUGUCAACUGUGGGACCUUAUAUAGACAGGUUUGGGCCUUUCCAAAUCAUGUCCAAUCAAUUGAAUUGACCACAGCUGGACUCCAAUCAAUUUGUAGAAACAUCUCAAGGAUGAUCAAUGGAAACAGGAUGCACCUGAGCUCAAUUUCGAGUCUCAUAUAAAGGGUCUGAAUACUUAUGUAAAAAAGGUCUUUCUGUUUUUUAUUUUGUAUUUUUUGCAAACUUUUCUAAAAACCAGUUUUCGCUUGGUCAUUAUGGGGUAUUGUGUGUAGAUUGAGGAAAUGUUUUAUUUAAUCCAUUUUAGAAUAAGGCAGUAACGUAACAAAAUGUGGAAUAAGUCAAGGGGUCUGAAUACAUUUACAUUACAUUUUAGUCAUUUAGCAGAUGCUCUUAUCCAGAGCGACUUACAGUUAGUGAAUACAUAUUUUUUUAUACUGGCCCCCCGUGGGAAUCGAACCCACAACCCUGGCGUUGCAAACGCCAUGCUCUAUCAACUGAGCUACAUCCCUGCCGGCCAUUCCCUCCCCUACCCUGGACGACGCUGGGCCAAUUGUGCGCCGCCCAUGAGUCUCCCGGUCGCGGCCGGCUGCGACAGAGCCUGGAUUCGAACCAGGAUCUCUAGUGGCACAGUUAGCACUGCGAUGCAGUGCCUUAGACCACUGCGCCACUCAGGAGUCUCUACGAAUGCACUGUAUUGGGGCUAAGGAUUAGGGGUAAAUGUUGGUUAAUUUUAUUAUAGGCAGAGCACUGUAUUUUUCGCUCGCUCUCUUUUUCUCUCGCUCUUGCUCGCUCUCUCUCUCUCUCUCUCUCUCUAAAAAGCAAUACGGAUUACAUGUUAGGGUUACUAAUUGCAUAAGAUUUGCAUAGUGGCAUGUCUGGCAAAAAUGUGGGAGUGAAUGGUUUAUGAGUAUUACCUGGUUUACUACUACCAUUACUAUUGUUACAGUAGUUACUAUCACCUGUUCCUUAACUACUAUGUCCACUUCACUUGUUGUGUUUUCCAAGCAGAGGCUAUAAGCAGGUGGUGUAGGUGGGGUGCCCGUGGAGAGAGAGAUGAGACAGUGGAGACAGCUUGGCACAGAACCACUGGACCAAUGAGCUGACACUGGCAGGGAGCCCUGAGACAGGCAGACAGGAGGCCACCGGACCAGGACAUCUAGUGGACUCCAGAACGCCUCACCAUGCCCAUAGUAGUUCCAUGCAUUUCAAUCUAGGGUAGCCUGAGGAGGAAGCUAGCAUGUGGGGCAUGGAAGAACGUAUGGAUAUGGACCACGAUGAAGAGGAGGAGGGUUUCAGUUGGGAAGAACCAGGAGAGGAUGAUUGGACUGCACCACUUCUAUCACCAUCACAUCAUCAGAGUAGACCCACAGCCAGUAACUCUGCUAGCCCCUCACAAAUAAAAACACAGCCCAAUGGGUUCAGGAUGCGGAGGCUGCUGCGCUGGCAUGGACUCAGUAGGACUGUGAACCGCCGCACUCGCUUGGCCCUGCAUUGGAGGACAUGGUGCCAGCGGGCUAAAUGGGCUGGGACUUUGGGCCUGGGGUACAGGCGAGCUAGGACUAGGAUGUGGCACCGCAGGAACAGACAUCUCCACAGCAGACUGAAGCCAGGAAGAUCCCGUCUGAAUGGGGGAUCUCAAGGCUGCUUUCAGGAAAGGGAAGAUAUAGAGGCUGGAGAUGGUAUGUAUAAUGUUGUUGUUUUUGGACCAAAUUUAAUGUUGGAUGUGUCAUGAAAUAUGGAACAUUAAUAUAUGUAAACUGGAAGUUGUAUCAGAAUUACUUGUUUCCCUCCACCCCCUUUCCUUAAUUUGUCUUCAAAAAUUAGCAGUAGCAUUUCAUGAAAGAAAGAAUGAUCACAGACUGUUCUGUAGAGCUGAAAUGGUUAAUAAAGGUUAAUAUCUUUUACACAACCUGCACCCAUCUCCUGUUUUUCCUCAGACUCUUGGGCAUGUGGGACUAAUGGACUCAUAGGGAAUGAGGUGGCGAGCAAUGCAGCCAAGGUUGGGGACAGGGACGGGCUGGGCUUCCAUGAAUCACCUAUAGGCCUGCCAACCAUCCACAAGGAUAAACCUCCUCCUCAGCAGCAACUCAGCAGUGAACACAUCUCCUGUGUACAAGGUAAAACAGCUUUGAGUACUAGUCUACUUUUCUGAUAAAAACCAAUGGAAAACCACACUAGGUAGGGCUGAACCCAUUUAGCCGACUGGUCGAUUGUUUGGUCGAUAGGCUGUUGGUCGACCGAGAUUUCUUUAGUUGAGCAGUCGCAAAUAUACUUUUUUGUUUCAUGGUGCACAAGACACCUGUCUGAUUCGCUCCUGUCUCAGUGGACUAAUCCAUUGCGGAGGCCACUGGGAUUGCACAGUCCAUCACUCUAAGUCAUGUGAUACUGAAAUUGUAUAUGGUUAUAUUAUGUACAAAUAAUGGUGCAACACUAAUAAAUCGAAUAUUAUUUUAUAACAUGCGCUUUCUGCCGCGUUGAAUACAGUCGCUGUCCGCGGUUAUGAAACAUAAUCUUCAGUGCGCCGUAGAAUUGGCGCCUUUCCCUAUGUUGUUAUGUGCAUAAUAGCAAAAUGAACCAGCAUAUUAGGAUUGAGAACAAUGCGGCGGAGGCAGCAGCAGUAGAGACGAGGAAACAGCCCUUGCUUUAGCCUAAUUGUCUAAGAAAAUUGAGGAGAGAGGAAACCCCAAUUUAAUUAGGUCUAUAAUCAACAGCCUAACUGUUAAAUGUGCCUGGCUUUAUAAAUCAUCCAAAUAUAUCUACAGAAAUAAGACCGAUCCUGCUUCUGUUGCCUGUUUGAGUGUUUGUUUAAUAGCCUACUGAUUCUGUGAGCACCAAGCCUCAUGCAACGGCAAAAUGUUGAAUAAAGCAAUUUGACAGAUGUUUCUGUUUUUAAUCUUUGCUAUGCUGUAAUAAAGGCUUUAGAAUUUUUUCGCGUUAGAACAGACAGGUAUUACUACUUAUUUACACUGUUCCAAACAGGCAGAAAAAUACAAUUGUAAUUUAACUGCACCUGCUUGUCACACAUAAUAUGCACACAGCUCUCGCUCCAAUACCCUCCUUUUUCUUCAUCUCCUUAUUGUUAUUAUUCAAAUUAUUAUUAUGAUCAUCAUUAUAAUAAUAAGGAAUGUCGUUAUCAUUAGUAGGCUUUGUAUAGUAGCCUUGUAUAACCACCAUUGAGCUGUAGGCCUAAGGGCGCGUCCUGUUUAGUCUUAAUACCGUAACUUACUUAGGCCUAUAUUUCAAUAUAUAGGCUACUGUAUCAAUCAAUCAUUCAUUUGUUCAUGCCAUCGCACAGCAUACGAGACAUUCAUGCUUUGAAAUGCAAUCAAACAUUUUAGUUUUAAAAUUUAAAUAAAGGGAGCUUUGAAUAUUAGCACACACAAUACUCACGCAACGCUUGCUCCUAUACCCUCCUUUUUCUUGUUCUCAAGUAGUUUCCACAACUAAGUCAAAUGUCUUCCAUAGAUCUGACUUCCCCUUUCCCUCCUGAGCAACCAGUAAACAUUCGGCCAUUUCAAGUUUAUUUUUCACGUCCUCCGAUCCAUUUUGUUGUCACGUGUUACUGCGUUUGUAGUUUUCUUAUUACCAAUUUAUUGAAGUGAUUAUGAUAGGUUAUAGGUCAGGUCCUAUUGGUCACAUGCAUGCGAUGCUUACAUGUUUCACGCAAAGAGCGCAAGGGUUGAGGGAAUAGGGAUUGUUUUUCCUAAUCAAAUUCGGGAUUUCAGUAACAGAACUUUUCAGUCAGAAACAAGUAUGAAACUAAAUGGCUGAAAUGAUGUUGCAGCUUCAGCACGGACAGCGCAAUGAACACUUGCUGUGCUGUGGUGCCUUUUCGCUGCAGUAGGGAGGAAAGUGAGACAACGUGCGCCAAUCACACAGGCACUCGCUGUCAUUUUUUAAAACGCAGUGCGAGUCAUUUGUGUGUCUUAAUUAUUUAAUCAAACAGUGUGCUUAAAGCAUCAGACAAGCUCAGUGCAUAUGCAGAUGAUUUUAUUCAAACACUUAGGGUGUGUCUGUCUAUAUAUGGAAAAAUAAGUUUAAACAUUUCGAUUAAUCGAUUGGUCGAAAGAACAGGACGACUUUCGGUCGACCAAGAUUUAUUUUAGUCGGGGACAGUCCUCAUUGCCUACUAUAGAUAUAGAAUUAUUAAUUCACUCCAGAUGUGGUAGGCUAAUGAAGAAAGAUGCCUAAAUGGUCCAUUAAUGGGUUAGGGUCAACGUUGACUGGGCGAAGAUUAAUUAGAAUUUAUGCAUUGAUUGAGCUCUAUCUCCAGACUGAAGCUUUGACCAUAGAGAUCUAAUAUAACACAAUGUGAUAAAAACAUUAAUUUGGUGAUUCUAUAAUAAAAUAUGUUCUAUUUAAUUUGUGUGGCUUUGUGACUGUCCCCGCUCUCUCCCAGGGAUGUUGAAUGAAUUCCUACAGCAGUACGGGAGCAUGAUCCCUAUCCAUGUGGAUGAGGUGGUGGACAAGCUACAGGACAUCUUCCCCAGCAAGAGCUUCUCCGAUCCACACAGGUUUGUCACGUAAUUGGCCUUUAACCUCAUCAUGCUCAUUGCAUAUCAGCAUCCUGGGUCAUUUUCGUUAGGCACACAAUGGGAUAUACUUUUAAACGUUUUGCAAUGGGAAAUGAAAACGAGCGUUUCUUAUUGUACAAGUCCAAGUAGUCCCUCCCCAUCUGCGGUUCGGAAUAUUUGGUGCCUAAUGAACGUGUGUUGUAUUUUCAUGUUGAAAAGUGUCUCAUUCAUUGUUGUUGUGUCCCUUCCAAAGGAAAGUGGUUGUGCAGCACCUCAUCCAGUCUUACCAGCGUCUGUCUGGGACUGCCAUGGUGAGGGGGUUCUGUGUCAACUACAAGCGACAUGCCCUCACAAUGGAUGACCUCAGCACGUUGUAUGGACAGAACUGGCUCAAUGACCAGGUACUUCUACUCUUUAACAUUUGAAAAGAACACUGUGUAUUUUCUGAGCCACAGUAGUAGCACAUCUCAGUUGGUUUGUCUUGGUCAGGCCAAAUCACCUCACGUUUUGGACAUUUUGUGAGAAAAAAUUGUUUUACUUGACCAGUUUAUGAAAUAUUUCAUAGAUACUGAGUUAUGAUUCAGUAUAGAAUAGAGUGUGUGAUUUUCAUUUCUUUUUCAGUGUGUGAUUUAUGUAAACAUUGUGACUAAAUAAUAUAAAUAUUUGUGUUUUUCAGAAAUUAUGUUAAAGUUUUGUCUUUAAUGAUAUCUUGUCUUGGAACCACAGAUCAUGAACAUGUAUGGGGAUUUGGUUAUGGACACAGUCCCAGAAGAGGUGAGAAAAAUAACAUGCCUUAUAAUAUGAAUGUCAAAUAUGUUUUGGAGAGAGAAAUUGUGAUGACAUUUAGGUGCUGGCAUCCUCUUACCUCAUCGGUCAUGUUAUGCCCCAUUCCUCAUUUGCAAGUAUUUUUCCCGUCAACACAGGAAAGCCCCACUAUUGUGUGUGUGCACAAACUCACCUUGUGUAUUAUGUGUUCCCAUUCACACCGUGGCUACUGUCCUCUCCUCUUUCUUUCAGGUUCAUUUUUUCAACAGCUUUUUUUACGACAAGUUGAGGACAAAGGGCUAUGACGGGGUCAAACGGUGGACAAAAAAUGUGAGUUAUCCCUGGCGGAAUUUCAUUUAGCAUGUGUUCUAUAGUUUAGUCAUGUUGUCAAGUGUGUUUGUUUGUUUGUAUAUUUGUUUUGUUUUGUAUCACCACGUCAGAAGAUUAUUUUAUAUUUUUUUUACAUCAACAAUGCACACUGAUCAGCAUUUCUGUAAAUAUAUCACUGUAGUCCCUGGAGAGAAAAUAAAAGUAGAGAGAACAUUUUUGUAAAAAAUCAAAUUAAGUUUCCACCCAUACCCUUUUCUCCAGGUGAACAUUUUCCAGAAGAGGCUACUGUUGAUCCCUAUCCAUCUGGAGGUGCACUGGUCUCUGGUGUGUGUGGAUGUCCCACAGCGCGCCAUCACAUACUUCGACUCCCAGCGCACCCUCAACCGCCGCUGCCCAAAGGUCUGUGUAGUGUACCUCCCUGUGCUUAAAGCCUAUCUGUGCGGUCGGACCUGUGCAGUCAUACGGAUGUGGAAAGUAUAAAUCUGCCUUUAUGCCAGUACAAACACUCCAUCAGUCAGUCUGCUCAUUUGGAUCUAUAGCAGUGGUAUUGAAACUUUUUCAGCGGGAACCCCAUUUUUUCAGCCAGAAUUUCAGAGGACCCUAUUUGUUCCCCAAUAAUUUCUCACGACCCCACCCCAAAACUAAUGACAAAAUGAAAAGAAACCAAUAAAUACAUUUACUCAAUAAAAGUUUCUCACAUGAUCUUUCUCAAAAACGUUUGUAUACUGUCCCAUACAAUAAUCUGUACUCUUGAUUUUUUUGUUAAUAAAAUGUUUUGUUCCCCCGCGACCCCGACUUUGAAAACCACUGAUCUGUAGGGAGCACAUCUGCUCCUCUCAGUGGACAUACUUGUAUAUCUUUUAUCCCUCAGUGGAUUCAUAUUCACCCAUGUAUUUCUCUUGAUUUUUUAGCACAUUGCAAAAUACUUACAGGCUGAGGCAAUCAAGAAAGAGCAGAAGGAUUUUAUCACAGGGUGGAAGGGUUUCUUCAAAAUGGUAAGAGGGCUUUUGGAUUUUUGGUGGGCAAUGUUUAUUUGUGAGUUGAUACCAUGUUUUUGUGAUGGUUGUUGUUGUCCCAUGUGCUUCCCAGAACGUGGGCAGGCAGAACAAUGACAGCGACUGCGGAGCAUUUGUCCUUCAGGUGGGUUAACUUAAAUAUCAUUAUUCAUAUUUCAAUAUCAACAGAACCUAAAGUGCAAUCUGUCUAUUUCUACAACGGGUGGGUCUAAUCCUGAAUGCUGAAUGCUGGUUAAAAGCGCAUUUCAGCCAGUGUCUAUUCCACAAGUUACCACCGGCUAAAUCUAUAACGUUAAAAUGCCUAUUUACUCUGUUCCAUCUGACUGCGCAAUCUACUGUCUCAUCAGCCCAGCUAGGCAAGUUAUCCACUUGAUCUCCACUAUAAAAAACAUCUAGACAUUAUCUCACAUUUCUUUCAGACUAACAUUUAGUUUUCAACAGCGGAGAUUUGUAUAAACCUUGCUGUCUCUCUGACAUUUGCAACAUUGUUUCAAUAUUCAAAUUCGAUCUCCAGCUGUCCCAUAAUAAUGAACGAGUUGGGACGAAACAGACAGGCAGGCAGUAUUUCUCAGCCAGUCGAAAUCAUGAAUCAGCUGGCAUCAUUUUUAUGGAUAUAUACAAAGAAAUGUCAAUUGAAAAAAGGUAAAACUAAACGAAGCGUAGCCACUGUAGUUUGCAGUCUUUCCAGCUUCAAUUUGAAGUGAUUGUGUUAGCUGUGGUGUUGGCUAGCUCCUCUGAACAAGUGUCCUGACGAGAGAGCACAUUCUCUAUGCCUGCGAAAUCGCACCUCAGUAGCUCAUUGUUAUGGAUGUAUCCAAAUAAAUGUCACUAGAAAACAGCUUAAACAAAUGCAAAUGAAGCUACUUUGCUGUUAUUCUGGCAGCACUUUUUGACGUGACUGUAAGUUAGCCGUAGUUGGCUAGCUAGCAAGCAAGGGAUAAGAACGUUGCCAGCCAGUAUGGCAAUGGAACAUUUAGAACGAACGACUGGGUCGCGUCCCUAGAUACAGAACAAAAAGACUGAACGACUGGGUCGCGUCUCUGGCAACCGAACCAAUAGAACGAACGACCAGCCGGCUUGGGUAGCAACCCUAGAUUUGUGUCGGAACUAUAUCUUGUGGAAGGAUGAAAUGGUAUGAAUAAAUGAAUCAAAACGUUUUUAAUGAAAGUAUGUCAAUCAUUAUUUGAAUAUGUUGGUAAACCGUUGUAUAGAAGUGAUAAUGCCCUCGAAGCCGGUGUUUGGAGGAUAUAUUGGCACAGUUUGCCGGACCUUGACUUUGUCUCGGGCCUAUCAACACCCGUUGCCAAUAUAUCCUUCAAACACCGGCUUCUCGGGCAUUAUCACUUAACUAAUCAUGUUCUUUGAAAACUUUGUUAACAACACACUUUAUCGUAUGCUACACACAAACCGGUAGAAAAUUAAUUUGCUUUGAAAUCUAUCGUAAAUACAGUAUACUAUAUCAUUGCAUUUGCCAUUGAUAUUGACAUUAACUUCGCUUAGUUUUUCUGUUUUUUUCCCCCACAGUACUGUAAGUACCUAGCCUUGGAGCAGCCGUUCAGUUUUGGCCAGCUGGACAUGCCAAAGCUGCGGAGACUCAUGUACAAAGAGUUGUGUCAUUGCAAGCUCUCACUGUGAGCUUGAAUGAAACAACUAUCACAGAACGAAAGAAGACGAAGACUAUUCACCCUUCCCUUCCCCCAACUCUCUAGGCAGAUAUUUUUUUUAACAAGAUGGACAUUGUUGCAUUUUUUUCUUUCUCACACCCACUCACUCUUUAUAUCUGUUUAUUUUCCCUUUUGAUUUAAGUAAACAGUACUGUACUCUCCUAUGAGAUCCUAUGAGGACACUAAAUUGUACUCCUGAGUGGCGCAGUG